UUAGGUACGAGACGGAUCUCAUGUGUGCUGUUUGUUUCAUGGUUGAUCCAUAUCGUGGUUAUGGUCCUCAUGAUUACAUGAUUAUCAAAUAUUAUCUGUCCGUAAUGACAUUUAUUUUAAUAGUUAUUUAAUAUCUUUGUCGUUAUUAGAAAACAAUUAUAGAAAAGAAUGUUCAGCAUACUGUGCAGCCGUAUAUUGCGCAAAGUACCAUGCGACAAGAAGCUGUGGAAUAUGAAAAAUACAUAUUACACGAGUGUCACGACACAAUUAAUUUUAUCUAAUAAAUUCUACAUUGUUGGACGUAAUCCCGCUUUUUCUCUUCUCGGCAUCAGGUGUUGUAGUGGCAAUGUAAUCGACCGUGCUCAGAAGAAAAAGAGUGUGCCACAAGCUGAAUCUGUCGUGCCACCAGUGAAGUUUACUUCAGUCGUUGAUACCUUAACCGGAGCAAAACCUGGCCAGCAAAAGAGAAACUGUUUUCAUCCUGGUGUUUCUGGUUUGAGCAGAGAUGCGCUCGAUUUGCAGAAUAAGUCAUCGGUUACUAGUGCGGACAUGCUAAAGGCGAUGCUUAGAUACAUCUGGCCAGAAGACGAUCCAGAGAUACGCAAGAGAGUUAAAAUAGCAAUGGGUUUGCUUAUAGGAGCUAAAGUCUUAAAUGUCCUCGUACCAUUUAUUUUCAAGUAUGCAGUAGAUACUUUAAACACUCAUACUGCAGUCGCCACAGGCAGUGCCGUUAUGGGUUUAACAACCGCGCCUGCAACAGUUGCUACUGUAGCAACAUCUCUACUUGUAGGAUAUGGAAUAGCGCGAGCUGGAGCAGCGGGUUUUAGUGAACUUAGAAAUGCGGUCUUUGCGAAGGUCGCGCAGCACUCUAUCCGUAAAAUAGCGAACAACGUUUUUUUACAUCUGCACAAUCUUGAUAUGGCUUUUCAUUUGAGCAGGCAGACUGGUGCUUUAUCGAAGACAAUUGAUCGUGGUAGUCGUGGUAUUAAUUUCGUCUUAAAUGCUAUGGUGUUUAACAUUGUGCCUACAGUGUUUGAGCUAGCGUUAGUUAGUGCAAUACUGGGAAUAAAAUGCGGACCAGAAUACUCAGCCGUAGCGUUGGGCUGCGUGGGUGUUUACGCUGCAUUCACGCUAGCCGUUACACAAUGGCGGACUAAGUUCAGAAUUCAUAUGAAUCAAGCGGAAAAUGAAGCAGGCAAUAAAGCGAUAGAUUCGCUUAUUAAUUAUGAAACGGUCAAAUAUUUUAACAACGAAAAGUUUGAAGCGGAAAGAUACGAUCAGUCUUUAAGGAAAUACCAAACGGCGUCUCUCAAAACCAGUACAAGCUUAGCGAUGUUAAAUUUCGGUCAGAACGCUAUUUUCAGUGGUGCACUAAGUCUCAUUAUGGUAAUGGCUGCACAGAAUAUAAUAAAUGGUACUAUGACUGUAGGCGAUUUGGUGAUGGUGAAUGCUUUGUUAUUCCAACUCUCUGUUCCAUUAGGCUUUCUAGGGUCUGUCUAUCGAGAAGUUAGACAAGCCUUUAUCGACAUGCAAACCAUGUUUACUCUCAUGACAACAGAUACUGCAAUUAAAUCAAAGGAUAAUGCGUUAAGAUUUUACGUGACACCAGAUUCGUCGGAAAUUCAAUUUAGAAACGUAAAUUUCCAAUAUGUUGAAGGAAAACCUAUUUUUAAAAAUGUAUCCUUCACUAUACCUAGUGGCAAGAAAGUUGCUAUUGUUGGAGGAUCUGGUUGUGGUAAAACGACGAUUGUGAGAUUGCUGUACAGAUUUUUUGAACCGCAGAACGGUAAUAUCUAUAUCAAUGGCCACAAUAUCCGGGAUGUUGAUUUAGAUGAUCUCAGAAAUUGUAUUUCAAUUGUACCACAAGAUACAGUGCUUUUUCACGACAGCAUAUUCUAUAAUCUGCAAUAUGGUAAUUUGAGAAAAACGCGUGAUGAAGUUCUUGAAGCUGCAAGAAUGGCGAAUCUACAUGACUCUAUAUUAAAAUGGCCACAAGGAUACGAUACACCUGUGGGAGAACGCGGCUUGAAAUUAAGUGGAGGCGAAAAGCAAAGGGUAGCAAUUGCCAGAGCAAUUUUGAAAGACAGUCCUAUAUUAAUAUUUGAUGAAGCUACUUCUUCGCUGGAUUCCAUUACGGAACAUAACAUACUUGACGCUCUGCGUAAGGCGACAGAAAAACGGACCUCAAUAGUGAUAGCACAUCGUUUGUUAACAGUUAUGGAUGCUGAUGAUAUACUCGUUCUCGAUCAGGGUGAUCUAGUCGAAAGAGGUACACAUGAGUCUCUAUUAUCCAUACCAAAUUCUUUGUACAGCAAAUUGUGGGAAACUCAAUAUUUGGGUAUGAAGAAGCCUCAAGAACAGGAAGAAAGAAGCAAGGUAGAACAGUGAUUAAAAACAGUGUAAUUUAGGGGAAAAAUGAUUGUUAUAUAAUAUGAAUGAAAGUCUAAAAAUCUGACCCUUUUUAGAAUUUAUUACAUUUGUACGAAUAAAAUUUCAUAAUUUGGACAAUUUCGAAUAAUUUAAAUUUUUAGCGGA